AUGGCCACUCAUCGCUUCUCAAUCUCUGCAAUUCUCUGUCCUUGGUGCGUUAUGUUGAUGAAUUUUGAGUUUUUGAUCACGAAAGCGAGCGCAAGGCAUCUCUUAGAGCUGCAAUUGCCUAAGGAACCGAAGGAGCUUCCAAAACCACAAAUACCUAUUUUGCCAAUGUCCGAGCUUCUUCCCCUACCAAAGGUUGAGUUACCUUCACUGCCCCACCUUCCACCUUUGGAAAAGCGUAAACUUUCUGAUGACUUGUCUAAACCCCAGAUUCCUAAAUUGCCAAAAUUGCCAAAUCUGCCUAAACCAGAACUCCCUAAGUUACCUGAGUUGCCCAUCCUCCCACAUUAA